AUGAGGCCGGUCCUCCUGAAAUGGAUAGCAAGGAGGUCCAUUUCAAAAUGUUCGUCUCGACUUUCUAACAGGGAUGGAGCCAUGGUUCCCAGUGCUAAGUUUCAAAUCAAAGAAGUCGCUGCAUCGGACGUUCCCAUAGAGAAAAUGUCACUUUCAAGAGGGCUCGUAAUGAACAAGUUUGAAAAGGACUUCAUGAUAUACCCUGAAUAUACGGAUACUGAUGAUGUUAAAGCCAUUCAGGGAUUCACGGAAGUGUUGAAAAGGACGUUGAAUUUGACAGUCGAUCACACUGAGUUGGAGAGACAAGGCAGCUUAACAGACGCAGUCAAAGGAGCACUGAACGAUAGCGCAGUCUUUGCGGCAUUAUCGCCCGCGGAAUACGGCGGUCUUGGAAUGGGAUUCAAGGAUCGUGUGAAAAUCUUUGAGGAUCUUAGCAUUGACUGGAAUAUCUAUGCAAACGUAGUAGCGGUGAAUGCUCUAGCAAAUACGUUAUUGUUGUUCGGAUCAGAAGAAUUGAAGGAGAAAUAUUUUCCGCUUAUUACCAGUGGGAAAUGCCGUCCUGUUAUAGCUUUUGUUAAUGGUUCAAGCCUAUCAAAUGCCUGA